AAAGUCCAAAAUCCUACAUCUCGUCGUUGUUAAAAAAUGCACUCGAUCGAAUUUCGUGCUAUUAAAAAUGGACGGCGACCAAAAAAAUCAAAAAACACGGACGAGAAGAACUAAGAAGGCCUUAAAGAAUCAAAUAGAAUAACCAAUCAUCCACUUUCAAUCAGGCGCGUCAUGACAUCGGCCAAUCUUCGACCUCCACAUCAAUUGACUUCAAACUGUUUUCAACACGCGACUUCAUCUAUCGCGUGAAUCCGGUUCCCGUCUCUGAACUCCGGCGCAAGGGCGCCCGAGCUCGUUAAGAGAAAAUAGGAAAAAAAAAAGAAAAGAAAAAACCUUGGAGGCGCCCACGAUCUUGUCCAGCUUCCACUUCCACCGUUCAAAAUUUCACUUCAAUUUUUUCAUGAGUCAAGUAAACUUUCCGAGGCAAUUGAAGAGUAACCAUCGAAGUAGAUUGAAGGCAAAGGAAUUUGAGAAUAUCCCACACGAGAAGAAGCUUAUUUUGGGUCUAUCACUUGUGAUGUGGAUCAUGGAGUCGAAUGCGUUAUUUAAGGAAGUUGACGUUCCUCUGUAAUGGUUUUUUUACUAUCUGUAAAAUGGGAACUCAAGGUCAAACAGGAUUAGUAGCACAAAAGAAAAUGCACCCUCCUCAGCCCGGAAGAUUUGAAGAUCGUGAAGAUCUUAUUAAAUAUGUUCGUGAUUUUGGUGCUGAUCAGGGAUAUGUUGUAACGAUUAAGAAGUCUAGGAAAGAUAGAAGGGUCAUCCUUGGUUGUGAUAGAGGAGGUGUGUACCGCAACAGGCGUAAGAUUGAUCAGAGUCCACGCAAAAGGAAAGCUAGCUCACGCCUGAUAAAUUGCCCAUUUGAAGCAAUUGGCAAGAAGGAAGAUGAUGCCUGGAUGCUUACCAUUAAAAAUGGGAACCAUAACCAUGAGCCCUUAAAAGAUAGGUCAGAGCAUCCUUACAGUCGCCGUUUUACAGAGGAUGAAGUAAAGCAAAUAAAACUAAUGACUGAAGCUGGUAUAAAACCACGUCAAGUGCUUAAAGCUCUCAAACAACACAAUCCAGAUCUGCAGUCAACACCAAGGCAUUUGUAUAACCUCAAAGCCAAAAUUCGCCAAGGAAAUCUAUCAGAAAAGAAUUUCAAGUCUUGGAGGCCUAAUAUUUCCGUUCCUGCAAAUAGUAGUCAUACUGUCGCUGGGGAUUCAAUCAAGCAAAAUCAUCAGCUGAAGGUUCCUAAUUUAAUUGGAGGGGAACUUUUGGAUUCGCACAACUGUCAAGUGGUUGAUGUUAUUAACCCAGCAACACAAGAAGUUGUUUCUCAUGUCCCUUUAACAACCUACGAAGAGUUUAAGGCUGCUGUCAAUGCAGCCAAACAAGCUUUUCCCUCAUGGAGAAACACACCGAUCUAUACUCGUCAGUGUGUUAUGUUCAAGUUCCAGGAGCUCAUCCUCAGGGACAUGGAUAAGCUUGUAAUGAAUAUUGUUGCAGAACAGGGAAAAACAUUAAAGGAUGCUCAAGAUGAUAUUAUCUGUGGUUUAGAGGUGGUUAAACAUGCUUGUGGAUUGGCCACUAUGCAAAUGGGGGAGUUCAUCCCUAGUGCAUCUGAUGGAAUUGAUUCGUACUGCAUCAGAGAACCAAUGGGUGUGUGUGCUGGCAUAUGCUCUUUAAACCAUCCAGCAACAGUUUCCUUAUGGAUGUUUCCAAUUGCAGUUACAUGUGGCAAUACAUUUGUUCUUAAACCAUGUGAAACGCACCCCGGGGCUUCAAUGUUGCUAGCUGCAUUAGCGAUGGAGUCUGGCUUGCCUGAUGGUGUUUUGAAUAUUGUUCAUGGAUCCCAUGAUAUCAUCAACUAUAUAUGUGACGACGAGGACAUAAAAGCUGUAUCCUUUUCCAGUUCAAGUUCAGUUGGAAAACACAUAUAUGCUAGGGCUGCUGCUACAGCAAAGAAAGUUCAGUCCCACUUUGGAGGCAAGAGUCAUGCAAUUAUUAUGCCUGAUGCUAACAUGGAGGCUACUUUAAGUGCUCUGGUUGAUGCUGGGUUGGGUAUUGUUGGACGGACAUGUAUGGCUGUUGACAUCAUUGUCUCCGUUGGGAGUUCAACUCUGUGGGAAGAAAAACUUGUGGAAUGUGCCAAAGCACUUAAAGUGAAUGUGGGAACAGAUCCCAAUGCUGACCUUGGUCCUGUAACUACCAAAGAGGUGAAAAAUCGUUUUUGUAAAUUAGUUCAAAGUGGCAUUGAAGAUGGUGCUAGACUUUUGCUAGACGGUAGAGAUAUUGUGGUCUCAGGAUAUGAAAAUGGAAAUUUUAUCGGCCCAACCAUUUUAUCGGGUGUAACAACUGACAUGGAGUGCUACAAGGAAGAAUUUUUUGGACCAGUUCUCCUUUUUAUGCAGGCGGACAACCUAGAGGAGGCUAUAUCCAUUGUAAACCGAAACAAAAACCGAAAUGGAGCUUCCAUAUUCACAACUUCUGGCAUUUAUGCGAGGAAGUUUCAGAGUGAAGUGGAAGUGGGAAUGGUUGGUAUCAAUGUUCCUGUUACAGUUCCGUUGCCAUCUUCCUUUAAUGGUUUGAAGCCAACUUCUGCUGUUGAUCAAGUUCUUUUUCAGUUCAACUUUUCAUCCUCUUAAUGCCUCGUUUCCAUCUUGCACUAUUAUCCUUCAUUUCUUUUUGCUCUCACUUUCUCCUCUCAUCGUCUGGUUUGUAAUUUGAAGACAAGGUAGGGCUGGAGUUUUACACCCAAUUGAAGAGAGUGGCUCAACAAUGGAAGAACUCACCAAGUAUUGGAGUCUCAAUGGCGGUGCCUUCACCAUCUGAGAGACGUUUGAGAUCCCGGGAUGCACCUUCCAUGUUGGUUUCAACAUCUGAGAAAGAUUCACCUGGUAUGAAGCACAGGAGUUUACCCCCGUUGCCUUCCACAUCCGAAAGGGAUUCACCCAGCGUCUCUGUACUGCUGCCGAGCCCUCUAAUAACUCCGACAGGCUUAACUAAUGAAAGAUCCACCUCCUCUCCGCCGACUCCUGAUAGGAAUUUGCACGGUCAGGGACUCUCCCUGAUUUCUACUUUAUCAUCGGAGGGGGAUGUAUCCAACCAAGAUUUGUCUCCUGCAAUGCUUUCAGCGCGUGAUAGAGAUUUAGCUGGUCAAGCUAUGUCAAUGGCAACAUCCAGAUCAUCUGAUAGACUGUACAUACCUCAUAAAUCUCAUUGGGAUGAAACCCCGAGGGCUGAUUCAAUUCCAUCCAGUUCUGACAGGAUCCAUGCGCCCUUAUCACAGACAAGCAGCAUCAAAGGACAGGCAUGUCGAACAACUCAUCCUGCUUUGGUCAUAGCUGCAGAGGGGGGGCUAUACGUGCCAACAUCUCAUGACACUAUUUGUCUAAUUAACCAUGGACAUGAUAGUACCGGUCCGUCUCGAAGAAUCAACAGCAUGUGUCAAUCAUCAGAACGGGUAUACAUGCUAGCAACUUCCCAUCUGAACGACACUAUAGGUCAAACAUUGCAGAGAUCUGAUACCUCCUUGUUUCCUUCUUCAGAGAGGCAUUAUGCGCCUCCCUCUUCUGAUGGAAAUGACCAUAUCGGCUUAGCCUCUCAUACCGAUGUCACUUUGCAAUCAACCUCAGACAGAAUGUUCUUGUCUAGUUUGUCUGAAAGGGAUGAUAAUAUGGCUUCCACUGCUUCCCAACAAGGUGAAUCUUUAGCAUCCACUUCAGAGAGAAUGUAUAGACCUCCAUUAGUUCAUAGAAAUGCAGGUAUGGCACCGAAAUCGGAAUGGUUAUGCAUUCCCACGCCUGCUGGAACUCAGAGAAUGUACACACAAGGUCCAAUGGUUUCAGCAGAUGAAUUUCAAAGCCAAGGAGCAUCAUUGACAUUGCCUGCAUCGCAAAGAAUGUAAGGGAUAUUAUUUUAGAAAUAGAACAUUAGCAUCUAGGAUUAGCCAAAUUCUCACAAUUUUUUUCCUUUGUCAAAUUACUAAUCAUUUUUUUUAAAUUUCUCUUAGAGCCAUUAGCUUGAUUUUGCUCCUGUUUUUCUAGAACUGAGGAGUUGUUCAACAGCAAUUGCUUCUUAGACUAUAUUGGAUUAGCUGUAUUUAUUUUCAAAAGGCGAUAUGGGUGAAGUUUUGAACAUGGAUAAUUCCAAGAAUGCAAAAGUUUUUCCUCCUUAA